AUGUCUGGUGGUGCGCUCCAGGUUGAAGAAGCCGCACGCGGCGACCUGGGCGGCAUUAUCAAAGGCUCUGCCGCUGCUGGCCCAGGGUCCUCCGAGAAGCCUGUGCUUGACGUCAACCUUGACCAAGAGCACUCUCCGACCGGAUCUACAGAGGCACUGACUGGCCCCAAUGGCGAGAUCUACCCGACCAGAGAAGAAUUGCUCACACUGCCUCGAGUUCAUGGGCAUACCUCUUGGGUACUUUACACCAUCGGUUUCAUAGAGCUUUGUGAACGCUUCGCCUACUACGGAACCACGGUCUUGUACACCAACUUUGUUUCGUACAAGCUGCCGACCAACGAGGAUGCGCCCCAUCCUGAAGCCGGAGCUGGAGGCACGAAUGGCCAAUCUGGUGCACUUGGACUUGGCCAGCAGGCUAGCACAGGUCUGAGUUUGUUCAGUCAAUUCUGGUCAUAUAUUAUGCCCCUAGCAGGUGGCUAUGUUGCGGAUCAGUACUUGGGCAAGUUCAAAACCAUUUGGGUUGCCAUUAUCUUCGCCAUCAUCGGCCACGUGCUCAUCAUCGUGGCGUCAACUCCGGUCAUGAUAGCCAAGGGAAGUACUGCUCUGGGGCCCUACAUCAUCGGUCUCAUCCUGUUUGGAAUUGGUGUAGGCUUUUUCAAAACCAACAUCUCGCCGCUCAUCGCUGAGCAGUACGAACAUGAGAAUCCUCGGCCCGUGGUCAUCACCCAGAAAGAUGGCACUCGCGUUGUUGUUGAUCCCUUCCUCACGAUCGCGCGUAUCUAUGUGCGAUACUACUUCCUGAUCAACGUCGGCGUCAUGGCAGGACAGAUAUCCAUGGUAUACGCUGAGAAGUAUGUUGGCUUCUGGCUGGCGUACACCCUGCCGACAAUUCUGUUCCUCGUCUGUCCGCUCGUCAUGUUCAUCUGCCGAAAGAGAUACGUUGGUCGUCACCCAACAGGCUCGGUUCUUGGGAAGUUCUUCAAGCUGAUCGGCUAUGCUUUCAAACAUCGCAAGGAGGGGCCAAAUGGCAAAUUCUCGUGGGAAGUUGCGAAGCCAAGCAAAAUCGAAAACAAGCCAACAUGGAUGACUUUCGACGACGAGUGGGUGGACCAAGUGCGACGUGGUUUGAAGGCAUGCUAUGUCUUCGCCUUUCUGCCAAUUUACUGGCUCCCGUACUCUCAAAUAAGUAACAAUCUCACUAACCAGGCUGCGACUAUGCGACUUGACGGAACACCCAACGAUAUUGUACAGAAUCUCGAUCCUAUUGUGCUGAUCAUCUUCAUCCCAAUCAUGGAUCAAUUCGUGUACCCAUUUAUCGCGAAGAAGGGUUGGAACUUUACACCAAUCAAGAAGAUGGCAUUGGGCUUCCAGAUGGGCACGGCCGCCAUGAUCUGCGCUGCGGUCACGCAGUACUACAUCUACCAGAAGUCACCCUGUGGAUACAACGCGUCCGACCAGGACUGUAUCGCCGAGCUGGGUCCUCCUGACAUCAGCGUUUGGGUUCAGGCUCUUUCGUACGCCUUCGUGGCGUGGUCCGAGAUCUUCACGAGCGUCGUUGGCUUGGAGUAUGCGUUCACCAAAGCGCCCAAGAAUAUGCGUUCAUCUGUUACAGCCAUUUUCUGGUUCUCCAAUGCCUUCUCAGCCGCCAUCGGUCAAGCCUUCGUGCCACUUGCGGUCGACCCGCACAUCACCUGGCUCUAUGGCAGCAUCGGCAUCAUCGCCUUUGUUGGUGGUGUUGCUUUCUGGUUCACCUUCCGCAAGCUCGACGCCGAAGAAGCUCGACUCAACGCUCUGCCCGAGUCGACAUACGAGGGUCGCAGGGCCAGCAUCAUCGACAUGGAGGACCGCAUCAUCGAGCAGGAGAGAGAGCAGAAGCUGCGCAGAAUCCAAGGUCUGGAAUAG